AUGGACCCUGCAGCUCUAAACUCGCCCGAAUUACAGCACUUCAUCAAUCAAGAGAAGGAAAAGGCCAUGGUCAAUGAAAUGGUUGCAAAGCUUACAAGCGUGUGUUGGGACAAAUGUGUCACUGGUACUCCUGGAAGCAAGUUCAGCUCCGGUGAAUCAACUUGUCUCUCCCACUGUGCUCAACGAUAUAUGGAUAUGAGUCUCAUAAUCGUGAAACGCUUUCAGUCCAUGCACUAA